AUGGAGGCGAGGCGGAAUCGCUGCUCAGGGCAGUGUAUGUGGUUUUAUAGCUUUGACAAGAAGAAGGGCGCGGAAGUGAAUGAGAAAGUCACCUUCUGGCAACUGGCAGUAAAAGCAGCUGUGUCAGGACUUCAUUUCAAUGCAAAGAUAGACAAGACAUGGCUUUGUGAUGGCAACAGGAUCCAGCUAUGGGAUACGGCCGGCCAGGAGCGCUUCAGAAAGAGCAUGGUGCAGCACUAUUACAGGAACGUACACGCUGUUGUGUUUGUGUAUGAUAUGACAAACAUUGCCAGUUUUCACAGUCUGCCAUCUUGGAUAGAGGAAUGCAAACAACACCUUCUUGCCAAUGAUAUACCACGGAUUCUCGUUGGAAAUAAAUGUGACCUGAGGAGUGCUAUUCAGGUACCUACGGACUUGGCCCAGAAGUUUGCUGAUACUCACAGUAUGCCAUUAUUUGAAACCUCUGCCAAAAACCCCAAUGACAAUGACCAUGUGGAGGCCAUAUUUAUGACACUGGCUCACAAGCUUAAAAGUCACAAGCCGUUAAUGCUUAGCCAACCCCCAGAUCGCAAUGAAAUAUAUAUAAAGCCUGAACCAAAACCUGCCAUGAUCUGCUGGUGUUAAAUCGUAUUAUUAUCAGCUGUCACCUUGUCUCGUUUGCAAAUGCUUCAAAAUUAUGAUCUUGGCAAAGUUCCAGGUUUUGGUAGCAAUUAUAGUGUAACUCUUUGGCACUUUAAUGUGGUUUGUUUGGUUUUUGGUUGGUUUUUUUUUUUUUUUUUUCCUGGUGUAGAUGUGCCCAUCUCAUAUUCCUGCACUUUGUAAUUGUACUUUCUGAAUUACUGAAGUUUCACUAUAAAUACUCGGGAAAGUAAACUUUCAAGUGAAGUUUUGACAAAGCAAUUCUACUUGAGCUCUUGCUGCCUGAGAUUGUUUCACUACUUAUAAGGUUAUAAAUAGUAAGCCAGUUUACCAGCAUUUUUGGUUGCUACUUGUGUUGGAAUAAUGUAGGAGAAAAAGUGUCACGUGACAGCCAGAUAGCUUGAUUUUUGGGUCAGUGAGGGGGAGACUUUUGGUAUAUGAAGGAAUAUUUGGGGACUGCUAGCAAAUUGCUAAGUGAGUAACUUUUUUAUUUAAAAACAAAAACCAGGGCUGUCAGAUGAAGUUUGAGCUGUCAGUGUAGGUGCAAACUGCUAGCUUUUGGCCUGUCAUUCCACUGUAAACUUUGUUUCUUCAUGGCAAUGGUAAAAGAAUUGACGAAUUUGUCCCUACCUCUAGACAAUUAUUUGAUUCUUAAAACUUCAUUAAUUUUUCAUAAAUAGCAUGUAAGCCUAAACUAUGCAUUCCUUCUUAUGGAAAGUACUGUAGCACAGGAUUUGGGGUAAAUGCGGGACUAUAACAGUCCAUAACUUCUCUGACCUUACUGAAACUUCAGUGAGGACUUAUUUCUAAAGAUGCAGUAUUUGAGUUGAGUGUCCCAGGGUAAGUAGAACCACUUCAAGUAAAUAAAAGAUUGAACAAAGUUGGGAAAAGCUUUCUGGUUUUCAGAGACAGGGGUUUCAGAGGAAUUUAGUAAUGAUGAAUGCUUUUCAAAUACCUUGAAAAAGCUUUUUGCACCCAACUUGAUAACAUACUUUAGGGAUGGAAAUGCUGAGGGCAAAAUGUUAGGAAUAUGGGACUUCCUUAAAAUACUUCUGAAUACAAAAUAAAUUAGAUCUUGAAAUAUGGAGAAAAUCUGCCAAAUGCAUCGUCUGUUACAGAUUUUUGAGCUAAAGCCUGCUUGCGUAAUGUCAUGGCUGUAUGUGGGGCAUCCUUGGCGUUUCUGAUGUGAGUGCGUGGUGGGUCAGAUGAGGGAGAUGACUCCUCUAGAACAGGCGUCUUCUGUGUUCUCAUAAUUGCAACCAUGUUACUUCAUUUCUGUCCAACGGUCAAGUUUCAUAAUAAAAAUGGUGCUAGGUUGCAUGUAGUUACAUAAAGCGACAUGUAAGCCAUAGAAGGCAGUCUAUGACUUUGUUCAUAUGCCAUGUCAAGCGAUGUUUUGUGACUUAGUUUUUAAAGGAAUUGAAGUAAAAAUGAAGAUUUUUGAUUUGCCAUGUGUGGUGUGUGAUGCUGACUGGGAACUAAACGGAAGGGCCAGUUCAGAAGCUGACACCUUAGUGAUCACAUUAGAAACAAACUAAUGAAACAAGAUAACUAACAUUAUUUAAACUUUUACAAUUAAUAAGAUACAAUUCUGUUGCAAGUUGUACUGACAAAAGAAAAACACAUUGACUUUUUUCUGGAUUGAUUCAAGAGCAUUCAAUUUGGCCUAAUAUGAUUAAGAUGUUUAAAAAGAAUCUAAACAAAAGUAAUAUAUUUUCUUCUAUAAAGCUGCUACAAUUGUGACAGUAAUUUUGUUUAGGAAGCAUUCGUAAAAGGGAACUUUUGUAUUCACUCUGAAUCUUACAUGACGAGAAUUUUGUUUACAGUCCUUUCAGAAACAAUCAGCUUUUUAACAUUGGCGUCCUUAAUGAUUUUUUAAGAAAAGGAUUGAUCUUAAAUUUGUGUGUAUGCUAUUAUAAAUAAAUAUGGUUUACAGUCCUCUUGGACAAUUUGUUUUUCCCACAUGUCCUUAAUCCUUUAUCUCGAAAGGAUCCAUCUUAACCAUUUGUAUAGUAAGUAUGUCAGCAAAUUUUUUUUUUAAUAAAAAAAAACCAGAAUGAAGAAUUCCAAAGUCAGGGUGGGGGUUGAGGUAAGGAAAUUAUGUAACUACAGUGUUACUGUUACAUUUGAUAUCAAACGUCUGCAAAUCUGUUAAGCUUUAUUUGAGUUAUUCACAACCUGUAAAUAAGGGCCCUCGUGUCAUUAAAAUUGUGUGGAAACAACGUUUGAGUAUGUAAUUGCGUCUUCAGCACAAAGCAUGUUUUAAUGGUUCUGCCAUAAAGGUAAUGUGGUCAUUAACGCAGGAUUCAGUAUGCUUCCUGGCUUUCAGUGGUAAUGUUCUGCCCACAAAAUUGAUGUCAAAAGUACUGAAUACUUUGUAUAUGUAUUUUCACUUUACCAAAUUGUGAAGUUGGGUUAUUUUGUAUGUGUUGGGGGGAGGGCAAGACACAAUCCCAGAAACCUA